AGCAGAGUGUCAAGCAAGCACUUUUCCCAGGUAGAACGCAGGGUGGUGAGCGCAGAGCUACCGAGCCUGCACAGAUACUAACUAGGUGGCAAGCCUCUGUCCCUCAGGGCUGAUGAAGCUGGGGACAGUGCCUGGGGCACAGAAAGAAUCCAUACAUCAUCCGGUGCUGUGAUCCUUGUUUCCCAAAACAGGAAACCUGAGCACAGAGGUUAACGUCCCUGAGGACCCACAGCAGCAGAGAUUUCAAUCAAUAUUUUAAAGGCAGGCGCGUAAGAUUCAUCUAUGUUCUUGUUUUCUUUCUUUUUCUUUUCUUCUUUUUUUUUUUCUUCUGCUCACAUAUAACGUAUUUUGUGGAAUGAGUUUCCAGAGCAAUCAAAUUUUACCAAAUCACAAUGGCCAAACACAAUCAGGGGCUCUGGCAGGGAGCGGGGAUUACUAAAGAGGAAAAAAUAAGAUCUAAAUAAACGACUUGUAGGGUAGCCCACAGUGCCCAGGACGGUACCCCUUUGAGCACGUUCUACCCGUCCCAGACACCCCUCCAUCCCAGGCAAACCGGGACAGCUGGUGGCCAAACCCUUAGCUCACCUUUGAACCAUCCUGAACAACAAACUGACCCACGCCCAAAUGUCCAGAAAGUCCCUGCUGGCGCUCCGACCCGCUGUCCUGAGCUGGAUCGUUCUGCUUUGAAGGGGCAUCGCCUUAUCACCCUCCCCCAGAUCCUUGGCCUUUCGGGGCCCAGAACGCUACGGAAGCCCGGCGGCCAGGAGGGGUUGGGCUCCCGCUCUAUAGCGGCUCCCCUCCCCAGGCCAGCACGCGGCCAGGCGGAGGAAACGCCGGAGCUCAGAGAGCGCAGAGCCCGGCCACUGGGCAGCCGCCUGACCCAGGAAGCACAGAGCGAGCUCCCACUUCGUCUUCAUGGAUUCCCAGCCCAGCUGCGUGGUGGUGACUGGAGCUCUCCAAGCUGGGCCUGGGGAAUGACACAGUGGUGCAGCUGCGGACUCUGGAGCUGCCUGUAGACUACAGGGAGGCUAAGCGGAGGGUCACCGGAAUCUGGGAAGAUCAUCAGCCACAACUCGUCGUGCAUGUGGGCAUGGACACCUCCGCCAAGGCGAUCAUUCUGGAACAGUCUGGCAAGAACCAAGGCUACCAGGACGCCGACAUCCGGGGCUUCCGGCCGGAGGGCGGCGUGUGCCUACCUGGCGGCCCAGACAUGCUGGAGUCAGGGGUCUGCAUGAAGGCAGUCUGCAAGCACGUAGCUGUGGAGGAUGUCGAGGUGCUAUUUUCUCGAGAUGCAGGCAGAUACGUCUGUGAUUAUACCUAUUACCUCUCUCUGCAUCACGGAAAGGGCUGCGCGGCACUCAUUCAUGUCCCUCCACUAUCGCGUGGGCUCCCGGCCAGCCUGCUGGGAAGAGCCUUGCAAGUCAUCAUCCAGGAAAUGCUGGAAGAGUGUGGAAAGCCGGAGUGCAAAGCCCGGUUCGAAGAAAACUCAACCAUGGUGCUACCAGCCAAAGGGAACUGACCGGGGCAUUGCUCCUUUAGAGAAGAUUGAACGUUUCAAUCCUGUGUGUAGCAUUCAGCUGUGCAUUGAGAAACUUUUUCAAAAAUUGCUUGUAAGACAAAGAGGGGGAAAAACUUUUUGUGAUUUUGUUGGGCUAUUUUAUUGUCGGGAGAAAGAACACUCUGAAAGGUGGACAUUUCACGGGAUGAACUAGCUUCAGUUACGGUUUUCAUGACAAUAAAAUGAAAUCCGAGUCAUCUGUUUUCUUCUAAAAAUCUACACAGUGGGUCUAUGUGAUCCUGCCCAGACUACGGGGACCACAAACCUGUUUUGGAGAGGCUUACAGAAGCAUAGAGACAGCCACUGCUCCAGGGGCCCCAUUCCUUGCCUUAGAGCUUGUGUGUCCAGGUCCUGGGUAGCCUUGAAGCCACUGAGACUCUACUGUAUGAUUUCUCUGUCUCUGUGUUUGCCCCUUUUAUUACUUACUCAUUUUAAUAAUUUUCAAGCUUACAGUUCAGUAGUAUACAGUACAUUUACUUGUUGCACAACCGUUGCCACCAUCCAUCUCCAGAACUUUCUCCUCAUCCCAAACCAAAACUCUAGGCCUGUUAACUCCCUAUUCCUUCUUCUUCCCAGCCCCUGGCGCCCACCAUUCCACCCUCCAUCCCUAUGAAUCUGACUCUAGGUAGCUCACAUGAGGGAGUCAUGCAGCACUGGUCCUCUUGCAUCUGGCUUAUUUCAGCCUCAUGUCCUCCAGGUUCAUCC